AUGGCUCCCACCGCUUUAGAGCAAGAGAACCACCAGCGCGAUGCUGAUUUCAACAAGGCCAUGCACGGAAACUCCGCUCAGGCUCAGGGAGGUUUCGCCGCCAUGCGCCAGAAGAGUGCCGCUGCUCAGAAGGCUGCUGUUGACGAGUACUUCAAGCAUUGGGACAACAAGUCCGCUGAGGCGGAGACCGAGGAGACUCGUGAGGCCCGUCGCGCCGAAUAUGCCACGUUGACACGACACUACUACAACCUUGCCACUGAUCUUUACGAAUACGGAUGGGGUACAUCUUUCCACUUCUGCCGCUUUGCCCACGGAGAGCCUUUCUACCAGGCCAUCGCUCGUCACGAACACUACCUUGCCCACCAGAUGGGCAUCAAGCCCGGCAUGAAGGUGCUUGAUGUUGGCUGCGGUGUCGGUGGUCCCGCCCGCGAGAUUGUCAAGUUCACCGACGCCAAUGUUACCGGUCUCAACAACAACGACUACCAGAUUCAGCGUGCGACCCGCUACGCCGAGCGUGAGGGUCUGAGCCACAAGUUGAACUUCGUCAAGGGCGAUUUCAUGCAGAUGCAAUUCCCCGACAACUCAUUCGACGCUGUCUACGCCAUUGAGGCUACUGUCCACGCUCCUGAGCUCGCCGGUGUCUACAGCGAGAUCAGGCGAGUGCUUAAGCCUGGCGGUAUCUUUGGUGUCUACGAGUGGCUCAUGACCGACGAGUACGACAACGACAACCAGGAGCACCGCAAGAUCCGUCUCGGUAUCGAGCAGGGAGACGGUAUCUCCAACAUGGUCAAGGUGUCCGAGGGUCUGGCUGCCAUCGAGAAGGCCGGCCUUGAGCUCCUUCACAACGAGGAUCUGGCUGACCGACCGGAUGCUAUUCCCUGGUACUAUCCUCUCGCUGGUUCCUUCAAGCACAUGACGUCGCCGUGGGAUUUCUUCACCAUUGCUCGGAUGACAUGGUGGGGACGUGGCCUUGUCCACCGCUUCGUCGGCGCCAUGGAGACGAUCAAGCUCAUCCCUAGGGGAACACAAAAGACUGCCGACAGUCUGGCGUUGGCCGCCGACUGCCUUGUUGCCGGUGGUGAAAAGAAGCUCUUCACCCCGAUGUACCUGAUGGUUGCACGCAAGCCUGAGUAA